CCGGAUAGAGGACACCGGGGAGUCCCCUGCCUCCCAUCCCCCAAGUUUGAUUGGUCAUGGAUGACCAGGCCCCCCCCAUCCCCUCUGCUGGGUCAUUUUUGUAUCUGAUCUUUUGUGCAUAGAUCCUCUUUGAGGGCUGUCAGCGUGGUUGGUGCUUUUCUGCCAGGGUCCAGCCUACCUGUCCUCAGGAGGCUGCCUGUCACCAAGCUGCUGAAGUUUGUUUCCUGCAGAAGGGGAAAGAAGGGUCAGCCCUUGCCCAACUCCUUACUCUACCUCCUCCAGCAUCAGAAAUUGCUCUUCUAGGAAUUGGGGCCAAGAGAUACCUCUAGUAGGGAAAUCUGUCUAAUUUGGGAACCCAAUAUGGGAGUGGGUCUACGAGGCCUACCCUUUGUUUCCUGUCCUCCCCCCCUAAAUCUCAGGUAAGCCAGCUCCCCCUAGCCUCCACCCAGUCAAUUUUGACCCACCUCCUGGGUUCCUUUGGAGGCCCAUCAAGAAGAUAAACAGGUGGGGAGAGGACAAUGCUCUUAGCAUCAGUGCUGGGGAGUGGCCCCCGUGGGGGUUCCCCACUCUGGCCACUGGCUUCCCCGGCUCUUCGAUUCUGGUCUACUUCGGCCACUGACACCCAUCACAUGGAACUGGCCAGAGAGCGAUCCAAGACUGUCACCUCUUUCUACAACCAGUCAGCCAUUGAUGCUGCAGCUGAGAAGCCUUCUGUCCGUCUUACUCCAACCAUGAUGUUGUACUCAGGCCGUUCCCAGGAUGGCAGCCACCUGCUGAAAAGUGCCCGUUACCUACACCACGAGCUCCCUGUUCGUAUAGCUCAUCGUAUCAAGGGCUUCCGAAGUCUGCCUUUCAUCAUUGGCUGCAAUCCUACCAUUCUCCAUGUGCAUGAACUCUAUAUCCGAGCCUUCCAAAAGCUGAGUGAAUUUGCCCCGAUAAAGGACCAGGCAUCUGAGGCUCAGUAUUGCCAGUUGGUCCGUCAACUCCUAGAUGAUCACAAAGAUGUGGUAACUCUUCUGGCUGAGGGACUUCGAGAGUGCCGGAAGCAUAUCCAGGAUGAGAAACUGGUCCGAUAUUUCUUGGACAAGACACUGACGUCACGGCUGGGAAUCCGUAUGUUGGCCACCCAUCACCUGGCUCUGCAUGAGGACAAGCCCGACUUUGUGGGGAUCAUCUGUACUCGACUCUCUCCAAAGAAGAUCAUUGAGAAGUGGGUGGACUUUGCCAGGAGGCUGUGUGAACACAAGUAUGGAAAUGCCCCUCGAGUUCGGAUCAAUGGCCAUGUGGCUGCCCGGUUCCCCUUCAUCCCAAUGCCCCUGGACUACAUUCUUCCUGAGCUGCUGAAGAAUGCUAUGAGGGCCACAAUGGAGAGCCAUCUAGACACUCCAUACAAUGUCCCGGAUAUUGUCAUCACUAUUGCCAACAAUGAUAUCGACCUUAUUAUCAGAAUUUCAGAUCGGGGUGGGGGCAUCGCUCACCACCACUUGGACAAAGUGAUGGAUUACCAUUUCACUACGGCUGAAGCCAGCACUCAGGAUCCCCGAAUCAGUCCGCUUUUUGGUCACCUGGAUACAAACAGCAAUGGCCAGUCAGGACCUAUGCAUGGGUUUGGUUUUGGUCUUCCUACAUCCAGGGCCUAUGCAGAAUACUUAGGUGGUUCCCUUCGCCUCCAGUCCUUGCAAGGGAUCGGCACAGAUGUCUACCUACGACUUCGGCAUAUUGAUGGCAAGGAAGAGAGCUUCCGGAUCUGACCCAUCUAGCCUGCCCUUGCUCGGGCCCUUCCCCGGGACUUGCCAGGGGAAGCUGCCUGCUUUUUUCCCUCUUCUCACCAUAAUACUGUUAAGUCCCCCCCAUUCCUUCCAGGUCUUGCAAAUUGGUCUGCAGUAUUCAGAGCCAGGAGCUCCCCUCAGGACCUUUGUUAAUGGCUUGUCAGGAAUCUCUGAACCUUUUUUUCCUUGCUGUUUAACCUUGGACUCUGGGUAAUCAGGACUUAGACUCCCAGCUCCCCUGAGCCCAGUAGACCAGGGUUGGUAACUCAAGAAUUUCUACCCGUCAGCUACUGCAAUUCUUCCUUUCAAAGCCUUCCUCAUUUUUCCUGUCUUCUCUGCCUCUGGCUUUUUGACCCAGAGCUGUAGAUGAUGGGGUAGAGGGAGCUUUGGAGGCCCCAGAGGCCUUCGUCAUACAUGUUGUUGGGGAAGUGGGCUUGGGGGUCCUUGAAUCCCCAUUCCCCUCCCCAUCCACUGCUGUGUUUGUAAUAUUAAAGUGCACAUUUUGAAAGCCCCUCCCCCAGGGCACGGUGUGUGUGUCCUGGCUGGCUGGAGGACAGCCAGACUUUCCUGUCUGUCUUCCCAGGACAAAGCUGGGGGUCACUUUGUCUUUUUCCCCUUGUCCACAGACAGGUAGGUCUGGCUGGGGGUGGGACACAUUUUCCUUUUCCAAGAGAUCAAUGGAGAUAGCAACCAUCCAUUUCAUAGGAUUUAGAGCUGGAAAGAGACCACCUAAACAAACCCCACCUCAUUUUACAGAUAACUGAAACCCAGAAAAUAGUGACUUGUCUUAAGACCAUCUAUGGUAGCAAGUAACAGAAAGAUUUGAACUCUUUUCUGAUCUGAAAUCCAGUUCUUUCUGGGUUUUUCUUCUGUCAUAACUAGGCCAUCUUCCCUAAAUUCUAAGCGUAAUUCUGGGAUCUUCUCUAUUUUUGUUAGUUCCUUUGUGGGGCCAGAGACCUGUUGGAAGUGAGGUCUUCAGUUUAGCUUUUCCAAAAUAGGAAUAACUGUCGAUUAUGACAUAUCCUCGGGCUGCUCUUAUUUCCCCAAGCCUCCUUAUUUCUAUUUCCUUUCGGCUGUCCAAGGUUAGUGAGGUCAUAGGGUGCCUGAUAUUCUGAACCCAGGUGGCUGUUAAAAAUACUCACACUCAGCUGGGUUGUGACACCCAGGUUGGCCUCCUGCCUGUUAUGAGUCCUGGCCAGCAGACUGCCAGCUACAGGGUACUUAGGAACUUUGACCAGGCCCAGAAGACAAGGAGGAAAGUGUGGGGGAUAGAGGAAAGUUGGGAUGGAAGUGGCAAGAAAUCUGGAUUUUAAAUGACGCACUAGACACACCCAUAAGUAAAGAGGAAAUGUGGCAAUGUA